GUUACCAAAAACGAUACCACUUUCCAUUUUUUACAGUUUAUAAAAACUAAUUAUCCACACCGCCACUCACAUUAUAGCCGCCCACUGUUCGAUCUAGUCAACCCUAGUUUUAGGUUAGAAACUUGGCACUAAAUAAUGUUGAAAUUAUAUUGGUUAUUUUGCUGCGUCGUCGCGAUCGCGUAUGGCGAACCUCAAAAACCGGAAUUCUGGAAAGGGACUCCUCUAGAUGCCACCGUCGAAAGAAUGAGACAUUCGUGCGCUGAGAAUGACAACGUCGCCUGUUUUCAGUUCAAAGCCUUCUCAUUUUUGGAUAACGUGUUACGCGGCGGUUAUUUCCAAUUCUUCUCUGAUAACGUACAAAUAACCAGGAACGGAUAUGAAAACGAAAUUUUUUCCAAACGUUCUUCAAAUUCUGUAGAAGACUUAGUGGAGACUUACGUAAAAUCGCAUGAUAUCAGUCUCGGAUUGCCAAGAUUAGGAAGCCUCAAGUUGUCCUCUAGAAACGUGGACGAUGGGGAAGUUGAUUUAAAAUUGAACUUUGGAUCUGGCAGAGCAGCCGAAGCUCGGAAGAAGUCCAAACUGAAAAAGGUAUUCCUGCCCAUCGUGUCAUUUCUCAUACUGAAAGCCAUCACGUUGGUACCUUUCCUCAUCGGAUUGUUGGGUUUGAAAGCGUGGAAUGGGCUGCAGCUUUCCAUAUUUUCGUUUGUGAUCGCUUCCGGAUUGGCUAUAUUCCAGCUGUGCCAGAAAAUUGCUGCGGACGCUGCGCAUGCGCCUGUAAUCGUCGACCAUCCACACCACGCGUCGAGGUCGCUUGGCGAUGGACCCCAUCAGCUGGCGUUUUCUGCAUACGCCUGAUGCAAUUAUGCUGGUGGCCGAUGUCAGUUAUUUAUUUGAAUAAAAUUUAUGAA